AGUCAACAAACAAACCAUUUUUGCUUUAAAAGUUUUAAUGCUUUGACUUAAGCAUGAUUUGCCGAUUGUGCCUGAACAACGCCAACGACUCGGAUACGAUACGGAUAUUCGAGGACGAUGGACUCUCCCUUAAUGUGGCUAAUGUGCUGGCCAAAUACUUUUGGUUUGAGCCAAAAAGCGAUGAUCCCAUAUCUACGGUGAUCUGUUUGACCUGCUGGAACCAGGUGAACGAUUUUCACCAGUUCUACGAGUUGGUGGAAAGGGCGCAUCGUUUGCUGACGGAAAGGUUUUCGCUAAAGUCUGGGCAGGAUCAGGCGAAAGCUGUGCCGGAUGAGAGCUUGGAGUUUCCGGAGGACGAGCAAGAUGAGGAUGAGGAGGCUGGUUUGCCCAGCAGCGAUUGCGAAAGUGCUUCCUUCAACAACGAACAGUUCCUCAGCGAUGUCAUUGCCCAGCAGGAGGAGCAAAGUAAAUCCAUGUCAUUGGACGAAGGUUCAGUAAAGGAAGAAUCGCUACCAGUAACGGAGCUGGGGAAUAUCCCACAUCCCAUACCGCUUAUACCCCCCAUACCCACUGAGGAACGAAGGGAAACGCGGUCCACCACCAAGAGCAGAUCCCAUCAGGCAAUCGGUCCUGCUCCGGUGCCUUCUCCCGGGAAAACCAAGCCUCCUGCAACAAAAUCCCGAGGAAAGAGAAACUUAUGUAAGGCAGGAGAAGGAGCCUCGCAGAAAACCAAGCGCUAUCCGAACUACAAACAGAGCAUGCUGGACAUCGAUGCCAAGAUCUCUGCCCACAUGCGGCUCACCUGCGACGUUUGCCACGAGGGCCAGGAGACAUAUCUGCUCCUCUGCAAGCAUAUGAUGCAGGAGCACAAUCGCAAAGGGUAUGCCAUCUGCUGCAACAAAAAGUUCUACAAGCGCUCCUUCCUCACCGAUCACAUCGAUCGUCAUGCCGAUCCCGAGAAGUUUAAAUGCACGCAGUGCGACAAGCGCUUUGCGGACAAGCAGUGCCUGCGGAAUCACGAGCUGUUGAAGCACCAUCCGGAGGAGGAGAAGACCUUUAUGUGCGAGCAGUGUCCCAAGAAAUACACGAAGCAGUAUUUGCUGGAUCAGCAUCGCGUUAUACACAAGGAGCGCAAUGUGGUGUGCAACCUUUGCGAGCGGAGGUUCCCCAACCAAUCUCUGCUCAGCACGCACGUAAAGAUGGCCCACGGCAACUACGGCACUAUGUGCGACAUCUGCGCCCAGGUCAUUCGCGGUCGAGCGGCCUUUCAGCGUCACCAGUUGGAGCACGCCGGCGUCACAGAGCCCAAGGUGCAGUGUGACAUCUGUGGCUCGUGGCACAAGAACAAGCACAGCCUGAAGAAGCAUGUGCGACGACACAAUGGCACCGCCGCCACCUGCGACCUGUGUGGCAAGGUGUCGCCUAACCGGAGCGCCAUGCUCAGUCACCAGCGGUAUGUGCAUCUUUCGGACCGGAAGCACGAGUGCAGCGUGUGCGAGAAAGCCUUUAAGAAGGCCAUCACGCUGAGGGAGCACAUGACCACGCACACGGGCGAGGUGCUCUACAAGUGUCCCCAUUGCCCAAAGACGUUCAACUCGAAUGCCAAUCAGCAUACGCACCGCAAGAAGUGUCAUCCCAAGGAGUUCGAGGAGGCGCGGAAGGCACGCUCCGAGAAACGGAAGGCCGCCGAGGAGGAGGCGCCCAGCAUUCUGAGCAUCUCGACGGGCGGAGAUGGUGGUGAAACCACCCACAGUAUUCUGCUGGCGAACGGCGACGAGGAUCUCAAGGCCGACACCAUUGAGUUCACCCUGUGUCUUAGUACCGAUACCACAGAUUAAAAGCACAUUUCUGUUGAAAA